AUGACGAGCUUAUUAGCAAAGACCAUCAGCAAGAAGAUUCUGGGAGAGUCGCUCCAGAACAAGUUUGGCAAAGAGGAUCCCUACUUUGAGCAAGUCCCCGCCACCAGACUCGACGGGAGGCCUACGGGCAAGGUCAAGAAGCGCAAGAAGGCUCUGCCGCCCGGCAUCUCAGAACACGAUGGCCAAGUCUUGACAAAGGUCAAGAGACGAGCAUAUCGUCUAGACAUGUGCCUGUUCAACUUUCUUGGAAUUCGCUUUGGAUGGAGCAGCGUCAUCGGUUUAAUCCCUGCCGCUGGCGAUGCACUCGAUGCCUUUAUGGCCUUUAUGGUGUACAGGACGUGUUGCCAAGUGGAGGGUGGCCUCCCAACCGCGGUUCGGGUCAAGAUGCUGAUCAACAUUAUUCUCGACUUUGCCGUUGGAUUGGUUCCCUUCCUUGGAGAUCUGGCCGACGCCGUAUUCCGCGCCAACACCCGCAACGCAGCAUUGCUGGAGGAGCAUCUGCGUCAAAAGGGCAAAAAGGAAUUGCGCAAAAGCGGACAGCCCAUCCCGGCCAUCGAUCCUAGCAGUGCCGAGGAGUACGACAGGAUUCAGCGAGAAGACCCCCCGGAGUAUCAGUCGGACUCUCCGUCUCGCCGACCAUCUCCGGCCCGGCCUGAAGUCCAGGAGCCGAUCGCCCCACGAGCGCCAGAUCGAGUUCACGAUGUGCGCGGAUAUUUUGGCCGCAGCCAGACUCGCCCACACGACAUUGAGAUGGGCCAGGUACACCGAGACACACAUUAUAGCUCACGUCAAACCGGCAAGCAAAAGGGUAGACGAUAAUGGGGCGUCUUAGAGAUGUUUGCACGGUUCUUUGUCAGUUUUACGCAGGGGGCGCAUAUCGCCGGGUCGUUUGUCUGAGCACCCCGCUAUGAAUCUCCUUUGUUUGUUCACUUUGUUGGUCGUAUCUUUUUUGUCUGGGAACGGGACUUUUUCGCAUGUCUGGAACGUGUUUCUUUGUAUGAUUACGAGUAUGAAGCUUUGAAGCUCUGGGAGUGGAUCUCUCACAUUUCGAUGGCCCCAUUGAUGGGAAAGGCCAAAAUUGGGUGGUUGAGGAGGGGCAUUCAUGAAUAAUGGUAAUUGCGCGAAGACUUUACAACGCGUCGUGUCGAGGAAAUUUUUUUUUUCCUUUAUAAAAAAAAGCUAGAAUGAAUGGAUUGGAGGUAUUACUUG